AAGGAGAUGGUCUGAGUUAGAUGUUCGGGUGUAGGCUCAAGAAGGCCAAGUUUGUUUUUUAGAAAUCUUGGCAAGAGUUCAUUACUGCUUUAUCUGUAUCGAUCGCCUUGUACAAGCACAUCAAUUUCGAUUGUCUUGAAGAUACACACUACACAGACGGACUCUUCUAUACGGAGCGACACGUGGCGUGCAUCUCUUGUGAGUGAACUACUCAUUCCUGUUAGCAUCUGAUACUUCCUGGAGGCAAAAAAGAAUAGCACUAGACUCUAAAAUGGGAGAGCGAUUAUUGCAUAUUGAACACUCGCGCUCAGCAAAUCCAACAUCGAGUGGAGGGUCUACCGCAAAGAAGGACGCCAUCGUUGCCAUUUGUUUUGUUGCGCUGCUUUGUAGGACUGGAGCAGAUUUCCUGUGCAAGCCAGAACAGAUACUUUUGACUAAUAUUAGAAAAAUAGGAUAUCAAUGUUUAGACUGUCCCACAUGUCCCCCCGGAUCGCAGCCAUCUGUGCCAUGUGGAUCCACGAUCAAAAACUGGACAGCUAUUCACUGCGUUCCAUGUCAACUUGGAAAAACAUUUUCUGACAAUUAUGAUAAAGCUCAGUGCGCAGCUUGUUCCGUAUGCUCGAUGGGGAGGGUGGUACUGAAGAACUGCACUCGUCUCUCAAACAGUAAGUGCAGUAGAUGCAGGAAAGGAUAUUACUAUAAGCCCUUCUCAUUUGCUUGUAAGCCUUGUGCGAAGUGUUGUGGCGAUAGAAAUGAUGAGUUUGCGAAAGAAUGUGAACGCUACGAUCACAAAUGCAAAGUGCCAUCUACACCAUGUAGUCAUACCCAAACAACUCUCAUGGAAAUAACAGCGCCCACUGGAAUUGUGCCAACUACGCAAAAGAUGUAUCCAACUGACAUUUACAAAAAACCAACAACGGAACACAAAGAAGAGAGAGGCUUACCUUUUGAUGAGUUGAAGUCGUCGUUGAAACCAACUCAGGCUGAUGAUAAGGCCCUAGACAAUGUACAAGUGUCUGAGGAUGCUACUGGACCUGAGAUUUCGUUUGUAAUAAUCUUGUUUGCGGUUGUUGCUGCGUUUUGCAUAGCAGUUCUUGUCUUGAUCAUCCUUAAAAAAUCCAUUAGACUAAGAAAUACGUUAAGGCGUCAAAGAGAGGUGGAUCGGAGGGAUUCUGUUAAUAGUUCUUCUCACGAAGGAACACGGUCUUUGUCUAAUCGGCCUCAGUCGGGUGGAUCCGUAUCUUCCCCUCUCGAUCCAGCUGCACUCUCUAAAAAUAAUCCGUCAGCACCACAUCAGCAAAAUGGAUCAGCACCGAAAGUGGUUAUCGAGUCUACAUUACCUCUGUCAAGUGAACCAGCAUCACAACCUCGACAUGGGUCUGAAUCCUCUCUUCCAAACUGCUCGGAACGCCACCACGCUCCUCAGUCAAAGUCACUUCAAUCCGAAGCAACUCAACUAAGUGGAUCUGCGUCAUCUCUUCACGCCUCGACUGGUUCAUCUGAGAAAACUGGGUCAUCACCCCCGGUAAAUCCAUCGAAAGAGGCGUCUCAUCUAAACUCUUCCAACUCAUCUCAACCCAGCGAGGCUGCUUCUUCUUUGACCAAUGCCUGUCAAUCUACUCAGUUAAGAGAGUUUGAAUCAUCUAAACUAGGUCACCGUGAUUCGCUUCAUUCCAACCCCCACACUAUUUUGUCCAGUCCUACACAAUUAUCAUCUCAGUGCAGUAGAAGUGCGUCUCCACAGCCCACUGAUUCCUGCUUACCUGUACAAGCUGAAUACACAUCAACGACUGAGCUGGAUGAAAAUUAUGUAGAAGCGUUUGAUUGGAUGUGCGCGAAACUUGAUGAUAAAAGAUCAGGUUCGAAGCCACUUAGCAGCUUGUUAGAGUGUGAGUCUUACCAGUACUUAAAGAAAAUAUGUGAUCGUUUGGAUGCACCUAUGGCAGGCGUUGGUGACUAUCGUGAUGUCUGUGCGUCUUAUGGUAUUGAUCGUUAUCAAAUUGUCUCAAUUUAUGAGAAGCAGAGGGAUGGACCAUCCAGAGCGUUGAUUGAUCACUUGGCAGCCACACAUGAACAACUAACCGUGGCUGAAUUUAUAAUUGUAGUGAGAAACGUAGCAAAGAGAGGUGAUGUUGCAAAGCUUUUAGAGAAAUAUGAUUUGUUGUAGUAAAGGAGGGUAAGGAUUUUUGAUUACUGAAAGUCUUAUUUUCAUGUAUUGUUGUAACAAGUAUUUCAGAUAGGUGUAAUUCUAAAUAGUUGCACUUACUAAAUGUAAAGACUUGAUGUAACUUGGGUAAUGAAAAGGAGCCAAUGUUUGAAGAGAUGUCUUGAUUGGCAUGACUUCCAUUUCAUCUUCAGUUUAAUAACAAUUUAAUGUUAGAGCCAUGUAUAAACCCGCAAACGCAAAUUUUAGGGAACUAAUUGUCUUAUUUCCUUCGCCAGUGAAGGCAAGAGAAAGCAAAGGCCUUUUCUACGUUACUUUAGAGAUUACCUACCUGUCGCGUAUCGCGAGGAGACCGAUCUUCGAAUUCAUUAGACAGUCCUUACCGAAAAGGAAAUGCUUUCCAAGUAGUUUAAGAUUCUACCAAGAAGAGAUCAGUCUUCAAUUUAGCGUCGCAAAUCCAAUACCAUAGCUGCCACAUUGCCUAAACAAAAUAGAGGUUAUCAGCAGCCAAUGAGACUAACGUACCCGCAGGCAAACUGUUUGAAGCGCGUGAGAACGCGAGUGCUCGAGUGGCGAUUGGCUUUGGUUUGUUUGAUUGGUUGACACAGUGGUUGACAUGGUGGCAGACAGAGCGACAUUAAGCAAAAAAUAAACGCAAUUCCAGAUUAUUUUCGACACUCAAUUAUAAAACCGAGCACAAUUCGUCACACAGGAUCUGUUAUGUCUAGAUCCUUGCAUCGAAAAAGCACUUUUAAUUUAAAAAAAAUACGUUUUCCUUAUUUUUUAUCUAUUUUUUGUUACUUUUCAGUAUUUUUUAAUUUUUUUUGGGCUAAAUACGUUAUUCUUAGCUUUUGUUAUGUAUAAAUGAUAGGGCGUCUAAGAGCUAAAGAUGUAUUUGCCGAGUCUUUCCAAUGGUGACUGUAUCUGCUUUGCAAAUUUUACCUACUUAUUCAAAUGUUUUCAUAAUCAAUUUGAUUUGUAGAGGAGUAAUGUGCUUAAACCUUAGUCAACAGUCUCAUGCAUUAAGAUUUGUUUUCGUUUAACUUUUAAGCGUAAUCUUAUUAUUUAUUCUGCUUUCUAACUGCUGAACAUUAGCUCAAUCAUUUUUCACUAUUCGUUCUGGGAAAUGUGUUGAAACUGUAAUGAUAAGUUCCGAGGUGUUUAUAGACGAAUUAGCUUCUCCGUUCGGUAAUUUACUAAAAGACAAUGUAAUUCACUUUUUCUCUGCAAAGUAGAUUGCUACUCUUAGACUGAUGUACUAGUUAUGUUAAUGUUAUGUAUUUUGUAGUUAUUUGUUACUAAGUUUUUCGAAUACAUUUUUGGAAUUUAAAAAAGGACUGCAAGAUAUCGACUGUUGUAUUUUGUGAUACAAUUUUUGGCCCUAAUUAACUAUUAACUAUUGAAUGAAUAGCAAGUCACAUUUAAAUUGUAUUACUACAGAAAUUUCAGUAUUCUAAAAAAGUGUUAUCGUGUAUACUUCAGAACUAAUUUUUCAACUCUUUUGAACUUGAAAAUCAAAAUUACAGAAGUUGCAUAGAAAAUAUGUUUUGUUUUUUCAAAGUCUUCUAUUUCUGUCCGCUGCUGAGAUAACGAUACAACCCAGACAUUCUAUGGCUGACCGAAACUAACUUUAAUUGAUCCUCCCUAAUACUCUUAUCAAAUUAUGAGGAUUACAGUUAAUAUCCAAGAGUUCAAUGGAUUGAUGAUGGAAUUAAGGAUAAAAACGACGAGGGUACUUUCUACACUUUGUUUUCUUUAAAAUUAAACCUCUGAUGUUACGCGAA